AUGUCUCGCAUGUGGGAAGUUGACCCGGAGACGAGGACAAAGCUCCUCCAAAUCUCCAAGACCAACGGAAAUGACAGGUGCUGCGAUUGUGGAGCGCCUUCACCCCAAUGGGCCUCCCCCAAAUUCGGAACCUUCAUCUGCCUCAACUGCGCAGGCACACACCGCGGGCUCGGUGUCCAUAUCUCCUUCGUCCGCUCAAUCACCAUGGACGCCUUCAAACACGCUGAGAUCCAGCGCAUGGAGCUAGGCGGCAACGAGCCGUGGAAAUCCUUCUACAACGCCCAUCCAGUCACCACCUCCGAGGGCCGCACAUUCGAAGACUCCACCAUCAAAGAGCGCUACGAAGGCGACGCAGGCGAGGAGUGGAAGGAGCGCCUUUCUUGCAAGGUCGACGGCCGCGAGUACGUCCUCGGCCAGGAGAAGAAGAAUAUCCCCAACAAUGCCUCGCGGUCUAGUACACCGAUGAGUGCUGCCGGCGCUGGCGCGGGCGGGAGGACGGGCUCGCCUGCCACGUCCAUUCGCUCGGAUAGUCUGCGCGGAAGCGCUGGUGCGGGUGCGUCGAAGAAGGAGCAGAAUGAGGCUUAUUUCGCGAAAUUGGGCGGUGAUAAUGCUACUCGUUCGGACGCACUUCCCCCCUCACAGGGUGGGAAAUUCACCGGGUUCGGCGGCGGCGUGCCUCCGGCCGCGGCUGGGGACCGUCGGUCUUCACCAUUUGGAGGACUCGGGGGUUGGGGUGCAUUUGGCGGUGGUGGUGGUGGAGGUGGAGGGCCGGCGUUGGAUGACUUCCAGAAAGAUCCCAUGGGCAGUAUUAGCAAGGGAUUUGGAUGGUUCGCGUCGACGGUUGGAAAGGGCGCUAAACAGGUUAACGAUUCAUACCUACAACCUACGGCGAAGCAACUCGCCGAGUCGGACUUUGCGGCUCAAGCUCGCGUGCAGGCAACCAACUGGGGCCAGAACUUCCAAACCAGUGCGCGCAGUGCGGCGGAUCAAUUCAAUCGUUUUGUCGAGGGCGAUGAUGGGGGUCAUGGUCGUGGGAGUGGUAACGGUAACGGUGUUGGCUCGGGCCCUGGCUCCGCUGCUCGUUCGAAUGUUGAUCCUGAGCGUCGUGAUUUCUGGGAUGACUUUUCUUCUAUCGGUGCGCAACAACAGCAGCAGCAGGAGAUGUCGGGUCAUCAGCGCAGUGGGUCACGGUCUGGCGUUAUUGGUACGGCUGCUAUGCGAAAGGGUCCUACGCCUGCGGCUUCUUCUUUGUCUAACGAGACGACUGCCCCGUCUGGUGUAGAGCAGGCGGAGGCUCCGACGAAAUCCAAGCCCAAGGAGAAGGAUGACUGGGAUGAAAACUGGUAA